CUGAAAUUCAUGAUUUUGCACCUGAGACUUCAAAAUACAGCGGUAUCCUUAGCGGCCGUGCUAUGCUUUGCUGCAUCUGCUGCUGACCUCCAGAGAUGAUUUUCCUGAUACUUGAUUGGUCGCAUCUUUGCGCCUUGCCUCUGCACACCUCCUGGCCGGGCUCUGGUGCUAGGUUUCGGUUUCCUUUCUGUGGCUCUGCUAAGUUUCCUUUCUCCUCCCAAACCGGCGGCUCUCACUUUUCCUCCGCCGUCUGAGUCAGCUGAUUUUCAGUCAGUCUGCGCCGGGGAAGAGCUGUGAGCAUGCGUCGGGGGGGAGUUGGUCUUCCCUGUCCGCCUGUGUCUCGCUGCUGAAGUGGAGCGCAGGGGCCAGCAGUUGGUUUCUCUCCGCUGCAAGCGAGGAGCCAGUGCAAGGGGGACACAGGGCACCUGGGAACUAGUUGCGCCAGCGCGGAUCCACACGCUGGAGCGCAGAUGACUGCGGAGCAGAAAGCCAACCUGCAGUGCUACAGGCAGUACAUUGAGAAGACGCUGAAUCCUGCCUAUGUGGUGGGCAACAUGAAGGAAUGGCUCCCCGACGAUGUCAGCGAGAGAAUUCAGAUCGAGCAGAAGGGGCUUACCGCUGCUGCACAAUUCUUUGUUGACUCCUUACUGCAGCUUGAAUCAGAAGGAUGGUUUCGUGGAUUUCUAGAUGCACUGCAUGAAGCAGGUUACACUGGUCUGAGAGAAGCAAUCGAAAACUGGGAUUUCCAAAAACUUGAAAACCUGGAGAUUCAUCGACAGUUGCUGAAACGUAUAGAAGCUACAUUGAGAAAAAUUGAUACAGACCAGAUAAUUCCUCUUGUAUACACUUGUCUUAUAGACAGAGAAUGUCAAGAGAUUAAGCAGGUUAAAGAACAUAAAGGCCCCAUGGCUGGUGCAGUAAAGCUCAUAGAAUGCCUUUGUAGGUCAGACAAGGAAAAUUGGCCCAAAACCUUUCAUCUAGCUCUAGACCGUGCAGGAUAUGACGAAGCAAGCAAACUGUGGAAUAUGAAAGAAGGUAAUGAUACAGAUAUGGAUGUUGAAAUGAUGGAUGAACAGAACAGGACCUUAGACAUAAAUGUACAGUACUCCGAAGAAGCAGAAGUUCACAAUUUCAGUGAAAGGCCAUGUUCUCCUUCAGUUUCUGAACAACCUACUUAUGAACCAAAGAAGGCUAGAAGUUAUCAGAUUGAGCUUGCCCAGCCUGCUAUCAGUGGGAAAAAUACAAUCAUAUGUGCUCCUACUGGAUCUGGGAAAACCUUUGUGUCACUUCUGAUCUGUGACAAUCAUCUCCGAAACUUGUCCCAGGAUCAGAAAGGGAAGAUCGUCUUUCUAGCAACUAAAGUUCCAGUAUAUGAACAACAGAAAAAAGUAUUUACGCAGCACUUUGAAAGAACUCGGUACAAAGUUGCAGGGAUUUCUGGGGAAACGGCUGGGGAUGUCUCUUCAGCAAGGGUUAUUGAAGGGAAUGAUAUCAUUGUCUUGACGCCUCAGAUCCUUGUGAAUAGUCUCAAAGAUGGGACCAUUCCCUCCCUUGCCAUUUUCACAUUGAUUAUAUUUGAUGAAUGCCACAACACCACUGGCAAUCACCCCUAUAAUGUGCUAAUGACCAGCUACUUGAACCUUAAAUAUGAUUCAGCUGCAAAACAGCUGCCUCAGAUUGUUGGCUUAACCGCCUCUGUCGGAGUGGGCAGUGCCAAGACGACCGAGGAGACGAUAGAAUACAUCUGUACGCUGUGUGCCUGCCUCGACAUACAAGUCAUAUCUACUGUCAGAGAGAACACUGAUGAACUGGAGAAGAUUGUAUACAAGCCCAAAAAAUCUAUCAGACAUGUUGGGAACCGUCCCAAAAACCGCUUUAUGGACAUUAUCUCAGUCCUGAUGUCUGAGACCGAGGCCCUGGCAAGAAAGGUUUACCCGAUAGAUGCUUUGUCGCACAUUAAAACUAAAAGUUUUGGAACGCAGUGCUAUGAACAGUGGAUUGUUGACACUCAGAAGAAGUGCAGAAUGUUGCAACUGCCAGAUAAGGAGGAAGAGAGCAGGAUUUGUAGAGCUCUUUUUAUUUACACUGAACACUUACGGAAAUACAAUGAUACUCUCAUCAUCAAUGAAGAUGCAAGGACUUGUGAUGCACUGGUGUACUUGACUGAAUUUUUCAAUGACAUCAGAAGUGGAGGGUUUGAUGAGACAGAUCAACAGUUAACAGCGAACUUUGAAGCUAAACAACAGGAACUGAAAGCAGCCUCAGAAGACGAGCUGAGUGAGAAUCCCAAACUGGAGGAGCUCACCUUCAUCCUGGAUGAAGAAUAUCGCCUAAAUCCAGAGACCCGAACGAUUCUCUUUGUUAAAACCAGAGCUCUAGUGGCUGCUUUGAAGAAAUGGAUUGAUGAAAAUCCUGCCCUCAGCUACCUGAAACCAGAUACAUUAAUGGGGCGUAGCAAACGAAAUGAGCAGACAGGCAUGACACUCUCCAAUCAAAAGGGUGUACUGGACUCAUUCAGAUCCAACGGAGACAGUAAGAUACUAAUAGCUACAGCGGUUGCCGAUGAAGGGAUUGAUAUUGCUCAGUGCAACCUGGUCCUCCUUUAUGAAUACUCUGGCAAUGUCACCAAAAUGAUCCAAGUCCGAGGCCGUGGAAGGGCAAAAGACAGCAAAUGCAUCCUUGUGACCAGCAAAAGCGAAGUGGUUGAGAAUGAGAGAAACAAUAUUUAUCGGGAGGAGAUGAUGAACCAAGCCAUUGAGCAGUUGCAGGAGUGGGAUGAGGAUCGGUUUGCAAGGAAGAUAAGUAACCUACAAAACAAGGAAAAGGCAAUGCGAGACUGCAGGAAGAGAGAGAAAAAACAAAAGCCGCUGGGUGGCAAUAGGGAAUUGCUCUGUGGGAAGUGCAAAACUUAUGUCUGCAAUACAGAGGACAUCAGGGUUAUAGCGGAGUCUCACCACACAGUUGUAGAUGCCCAGUUUAAGGAACGCUUUAUAACGAAGCCUCACAAACGGCCAAAACGAUAUGGUCAAUUUGAGAAGAAAUGUAAAAUGCACUGCCAGGAUGCCAAGUGCCAGCAUGACUGGGGAAUCACAGUGAAGUACAUGGAAUUCGAUGACUGUCCAGUGAUCAAAAUCGAAAGCUUUGUGGUGAGAGACAUCACAACUGGAAAACUCUCAAAUUUCCGGAGAUGGAAAGAUGUCGAUUUUGCAAUGAAGGAAUUUGACACUAAUGAAAUGUUAGUUAUUCUGUGCUAAACAGGACAUCUGAUUCCCUGCCAUCACACAGUGUGAACUAUUUCAAGAUACACACAGGACUCUUCCUAACUACCUACCUUAUUUGCUGAAUGGGUAAACAGCAGACUUGCUUAAAGAGGAUUCUGUUCUCUCUCAUUGGUAACUCAAAGUUUAAGGUGGAUGAAGACUAAUAAUGCUCUACUCAUUAUUGUGCUUCAUACAAUAAGUGAUAGAUGUUUUGUCCAUAAUUAGUUAAAAGUACAAACAAGCAGCUUUUUUGGUCAAGCUUACCAUCUAAUUACCUAAUGAGUCUGGCAUUCUUAAAUAAGAAGGAGUAAACACUUUGUCACCUCCUAUAGACAAGAGUGAGCACUUCCUACUUUGUAUUCUGGCUGCAUGCUUUGUUAAGUCUUCUCCUUUACAAAACAGUUUAUGGAAAAACAAGUUUCCUGUGUAAUCAAACUGCCAAUGGUUAAACAUUUAGCUAUUUGCAUGUAUUUUGCACUGAUUCGCUUUGUUGCCCUUUUUGCAGACCAUGGAGCCAGAACACAUUACAUAUUAAAUUCAAUUAUCUUGCUUCAGAACUGCUUGUGUGGUUUGCCUCCAGCCUUCAUUUAUGCUAGGUUGUAGAACUGUUUGCAGACAAAAUAUAAAGUAAAUUGUUUAAUCGUCUGUUUCCAUUGCUACAUCAUUAUUUUCCUGCUCUAGGGUUUCAGAAAGUUCCCAUUUAUAAGAGCCCAUGUGGUCACUCUACUUACCUCUGUUAAACUGCAAUUAGAAACUGUACUACAGUAAAGCACACUAUGGAACUUUUUGUGCAUGCUACCCUUCCAUAAAGACAAGCACAAAGAUUUUCUAAUUCAAAUAAGCAGGAGGUCAGAGGAAGUGAUCACAACAAUUUCUCAUCGUGCUUUGAGUCCGAUUCCCUCCCCUCCAUCCUCUUUAAUCAGACUUACUAGGAAUGUUAAAUUGUUAUCUAUAUAAUACUCAUAAUGGCAGGUUAAGAGAAAUUAAGAACCAAAAUGCAUCUUUAAAGAGCCACAAACAAUAUUCCUUUUGCACUAUUAGCAUGAAAACUACUGCAGUAGUUACUACUUACCUGUAAUUUUUGGUAGAUAGGAUGUUUAUCACUGUGAAAAACCAUAAACUGUACUUCUCAAAUAUACUCGGGCCUUCCUCAGGAAGAUAAAAGGAAAGUCCAAUGCUUUGAUCAAACUUUUUUGAAAAUAGAUUUAAUCUCUUAGAAAUUUGUCCCUCAAUGGUCCACUGUCACAACAGAAAUUUAGUGCUUAGAGAAGAUAUUCUUAAAGGAAGAGCAUUCACAGUGUAGUUAGAGCCAAGCAAUUUACUAAUUUCAGCAUUAGCCCCUCUCAGGGGAUUCUGAUCAAAUCCUAUUUAAAUAGAGGAAAUAAGGGGGGGGGGGGUUAAACAUCCGUGCCAGUUUUCAGGAAACUGAAAUGAGUACAGUGCUGUGUCUGGCUGAUGACAGGUGUCAGUCAAACACACCUUGUAUACAAAUUGUUUGGGCAGUGUGUACAGCUCCUUCUGCAUCAACCCAUACUAGAAUAGUUAAUCUAGCCACCAUACCAAAAAAA